CUGAAACAAAGUAUUUUGUCUUUGGUUUGUGCUGGCAUGGCAACUCUGGAUUUUCCAAUCCUUUCGAUUCUUCCCAUAUAUGUCUGUCUGUCUCUCAUGUACAAGGUUUGUGGACUUUUUGCUUUCUAUCUUCUCUUUAUUCAUCUCAUGCAUGUUUGUGAUCGAUGACUGUUCAGCGAAUGUUAGCUUGAUCGACAGCUUUCUUACUUGAAGUACAAAUUGUCAAGUGUUGACUUAUAUUUGGCAUGGCAUGAUGCUGUACUUGCAUAAUAUAGCUCUAUUCAUUUUUUAGCCUGCCUGAUUAACUUACUAAAUUGUCCUUUUGUGGAUACAGUGUGAUAUCUCCAUCGCCAUCAAUGAACAACUCUGCAUCUAUACAGCCUUUCUCGGGCUUGUUCUUUUUUCUUGGAAGCCUAGUUAUUCUUAUUAUCUUGCUACUUCUCAUACUCAUCCUAUUGAAGUUUUUCAAACCAGGAAAAUUGAGAGCUUUGAUUAGUCUCAUACCUAAGCGUCCUCCAGGGACUAGUGAAGCCCUUAGUGUACAUCUUCGUACAAUAAGCUACUUCAACUUCCAUACAUUGGAGAAGGCUACGAAGAAUUUUCACUCAGAUAACCUGCUUGGAUGUGGUGGAUUUGGUCCAGUUUUCCUGGGGAAGCUAGGAGAUGGAAAAUUAAUUGCUGUCAAGAAGCUGUCUCUUGACAAAUCGCAGCAAGGGGACCGGGAGUUUCUUGCAGAGAUGCGGCUGAUAACAAGCAUACAGCACAAGAACCUGGUCCGCCUUCUUGGCUGUUGCUCAGAUGGGGCUCAAAGGCUUCUCGUGUAUGAAUACAUGAAGAAUAGGAGCUUGGACCAAAUAUUAUUUGGAAAGAGUGACAUAUUCCUUAACUGGAAAACUCGGUACCAGAUAAUCUUGGGGAUUGCACGGGGAUUACAAUAUCUUCACGAGGAUUCACACAUUAGGAUUGUCCACAGGGACAUCAAAGCCAGCAAUAUUCUGCUGGAUGACAAAUUUCAACCAAGAAUCGGAGAUUUUGGCCUAGCCAGGUUUUUCCCUGAAGAUCAAGCAUAUCUCAGCACUGCAUUUGCUGGAACCUUAGGUUACACAGCUCCUGAAUACGCGCUUAGAGGAGAAUUGACCGAAAAGGCUGAUAUAUACAGCUUUGGUGUUCUUGUGCUAGAAAUUAUCAACUGCCGGAAGAAUACAGAUCUUUCUUUGCCUUCAGAAAUGCAAUAUCUCCCUGAAUAUGCAUGGAAGCUAUAUGAGAGGUCGAGAUUAGUUGAUCUAGUCGAUCCCAAGAUGAAGGAAGAUGGGAUCGUGGAAAAGGAUGUGAUGCAAACGAUACAUGUGGCUUUCUUAUGCCUUCAGCGUGAUGCAAAUUUAAGACCGCCAAUGUCUGAGAUAGUUGCAAUGUUGGUACACAAGGCUGCACUAGUCGAAACAUCAACUAGACCAGCUUUCUUAGAUCGAAAGCAAAGGAAGGACGUCAAGAUUUCUUGGGAUGCUACAAUACAUGGUUUGCCUUCUCCUCUGCAGAAUGAUUCACCUUCCCUCUCCCCACCACAAAAGUAGGGUCUCGAGCUGGUUGGAAACAAGAAGGGCGACUUUUUGAGACAAUUACUAUUAGUUGAACGACCAUCUGAGAGGUGGUCUUGAUUUUUUUAUUUAAUUUUUCUUGUGUUGUCGAUAGCAUUUGUGCAUAUGUAGAAACAAAAUCAGCCAAGGUGCCUUUUCUAACUUUCUGUAGGGAUGAGGAGUUCUAGUUUCCACUGUGUAAACAUGAGUGCAAAGUGUUAUUGGUGAUUGAAAUUGCAAUGUGAGUGUAAUUUGUUGAUGAGGAAG